AAUCCAACAAUUUCAGUUAGCACAAAAAGUAUGAAUAUCUGACCAGAAGCAUCUCUGAUGACCUGUUGGUGAACUUGUUGAAAAUGGUGAAGACUCUACAUGAUAUGUGCUUGAACUGUGUCCAGAACCGCUUGGACAAAAUACCAGAUGUUGGACGACGUCUUCCAAACAUACACAAAGAAAUCCUACUUGAGAGACUGGUGAAUCAUGACAUCCUUACUGAGUGUUACUUCAAGUCAGUACAGAAAUAUUUGUUUGUGAAAAAUCUUAGACAUGUGACUCUAUACAAAAGCAAUCAACUUACUGAUGCCAUGUUAAAGACACUGGGAGAACAAUGUCCAAACAUUCAUCAGCUCACCAUACAUAUGUGUACCAAUAUUACAGACGUUGGCAUCAGGGCUGUAACAAAGACCCAGAAAGAGUUGGUUGUUCUCAAGCUGAGGAAGCUGGCAGCCUUUACUGGGAAAGGUCUAGAUCCUCUCAAGUCUCCCAAAUUACAGACUCUAGACCUCCGUGGCUGCAAUGCUUUAACUAAUGAAGCUGUUGAGACAGUGACCAGAAACAACCCUACCAUUUCUUGUCUAAUAAUUGAUGACUGUGGCCAGCUUUCUGCUAACGUGUUUGCCUCAAUAGCACAGACACUUAAAUACAAUCUGGAAGAACUUGAUGGAUGUCCACGGCCAAUGACAAAUGAAAAUGUCACUGCUCUAGCUAGAUAUUGUCCUAACCUGAAAAGCUUAAAUCUUCUUGGCAGUUCUAAGUUAACAGGAAAUGCAUUACUUGAGCUAUCCCAGGGAUGUAUCCGGAUGGAAUCUCUCGACCUCUCUUACUGUUAUGGCUUACAAGAAUCUCCAGACAAUGAGUUCCUCUGGACACUGCCUACCUCCCUCACUAAUCUCUCUCUGUGUGGGGUCAUGCUGUCAGAUGAAGCUUUGCUUGUGGAAACUUUACAACGGUUGAAGCGUCUUAAGUCAGUCCGACUAUGUGGUAUUCCUGCCCUCAAUGAUAAAACACUUCCAAAGAUUCUGCAGCAUCUAGGAGGAAACCUGGAGAUGAUAGAUAUCAGUGGUUCACGAACCCUAACAGACGAGGGACUGGCAGCUGUAGCUACAUACUGUACAAGUCUGAGGGAGCUUGACCUUAGUAUCUGUAAAAUGUUGAGUGGUCAUACACUGUUACCCCUUCUACGUGACACAGAGAGAGCGCCACUUCUUAGAAAGGCUUUCUUUAGUGUUCAAAAGAUAGAGGAGGAGGUUUUGAUGGCUGUCGUAGAAAACUGUCACAAUCUGGAAAAAUUUGACGCAGCAGGCAUGGAGACUUUGUCAGACCAAAUGUUGAUUACAAUGGCCGUAAACUGUCCUCGGCUGAUGCACAUCGGAAUUAAAGGCUGUAAACAGGUGACAGAUGCUGGGGUAUGUGAGAUAGCUAGACACUGUCCUCUGAAGUAUGUGGUGUUGUCUGGGAUACAGGCUAUAACGGACAAAACAGUAUUUACUGUGUCAAACCACUGUCAUAACCUGGAGGAAAUCUAUCUCAAUGGCUGCUUGAAUGUGUCCCCAACAACAGUCAAUUAUCUAGUUGACAGCUGUUUACCAAGAGUGUACGUCCAGCACAAGACACCUAACCUUGUGUCUGACCACAUUAUGGGCAAGAAUAUAGACACAGGAGAGUUCUGCAGGAUGGACCUGAUGCAGGAUGGUGGAGGUGCCAGGUAGUCAUUUGAUCAGUACUCGUACAGAAUAUUGACACCGGGUUGUUGUAAAGGAGGAUGUUGGAGGUGCCACUUAGUCAUUUGAUCAGUACUCGUACAGAAUAUUGACACCGGGGUGUUGUAAAGGGAGGAUGUUGGAGGUGCCACAUAGUCAUUUGAUCAGUACUCGUACAGAAUAUUGACACUGGGGUGUUGUAAAGGAGGAUGUUGGAGGUGCCACAUAGUCAUUUGAUCAGUACUCGUACAGAAUAUUGACACCGGGGUGUUGUAAAGGAGGAUGUUGGAGGUGCCACAUAGUCAUUUGAUCAAUUUUCGUACAGAAUAUUGACACCGGGGUGUUGUAAAGGAGGAUGUUGGAGGUGCCACAUAAGUCAUUUGAUCAGUAUUCGUACAGAAUAUUGACACCGGGGUGUUGUAAAGGAGGAUGUUGGAGGUGUCAGAAACCCAUUUUAUCCAGAUUCAUACAGAACUUUGUGUUUUAGAAUGGACUUGAGUGUGUUAAAUCAGUCAUCAAAUGAUACAUUAUAUGCCAAAAAUUAUUACAAGUCACAAAUUAUGAAUUUAAUCAAAAGUGCAUUAUAAUUAACACUUGUACUUUAGCAGACACCAGGACAACAGCUUUACCUAGUAUUUGAGCCAUUAUGAAUUAGCACAUUAGAAACACUAAUAGUAGAUACGAAUUCAAAACUGACUAUAAAUGCCACCAAAUGGAGUUAAAAAGUGGCCUUUAUACAGAGGUUGAUAUAUUAUAAUUUGAACUGCACUGUUCCUUAAACUAAUGGCCAUUAUAGGCAGAUGUUUGUGUAUUCAGUUGGCCUUUAAACCAGAUGUGAAUGUAUUUUGUAAGUUUAUAAUCAAUUUUGAGCUUAAGGUUGAACAAACUGAAUGAACACUUUGAGAAGUAAUUUUUCAUAUAAUCCUAUAUUAAGUUUUCUACAAUGAUAGUAACCAGGGUUCGAAAUUAACUAUAUACAACUAGCAAAAUGCCAGCUAAAAUCUGAUAAUUGCUAGCUGGAAAAUGAUGAAGUAGCAAAAUUUUGCGAGUGGAAAUGAAAUAAUCUGCCACAAAAUGCCUUUCUCCGUCUGCCUUUAAAUGAGUAAAUAGGUUACAAACGCUAAAGUGACAUAGAUUAUCAAUACAUUCGGAAUUCCUCCAGUUUUUCCUUUGAUAGUUAUGUGUAAACCGAAUAAAAAGUUGUCUUGGAAAACCCUACGAUUUCUGUCUGCUCAUCAUGUGAAACGCGACAUAUCAGCUAUGAUAACGAACUUUUCAAAAGGAAAGCAUCUGACAGUGCUUGCGAUGACCACGACAAUAGUCAACAGCCAGAGCCUGGCCCUUCUGAAAAAAAAAUCGUCGAAAUCGGGGCACGUUUCUCUUGACGCUGCUGAUAUAAAAUCACUGCCAAAACCACGUGCAUAUACGGCAGCUGUCAAUAGGUGGUGGGUUGAGGGACAAAGAAAGAAACGACCCACCUUCUGCCAGUAGUGUAUUUGACUUAGAAUGGAGUGGAAUGAUCUUUGGGGAAAUUAAAAGAACUGAAUUGCAUGGCAUUGGUAAAUAAAAUACAACAAAGUCCAGAACUCUGUUAAAUAGUUGUCUUCAUAAUAAUUUAAAAGUCCAGAACUCUGUCAAACAGUUGUCUUCAUAAUAAUUUAUUGAAAUGAUCGAUAAUGUGAACAAUUUGUUAAAUAAUAUAAAUUUGGGUACAGUUACAUUAAUAAAUGGAUCUGAUCAUAUGAGAGUCAGAUUAGAUGUAGCUCAUACAUGAAAAAAAGAAAACUGAUUAAGUCAAAGUUUAUAUAGAUUUAAAAUAUUGAUACAGGUAGCAAUCAGCCAUUCUUAUCCAAUGUCUUGGAUAUCUUUUCCAAUAUCACUCAGUUCCUGAAAAACUCAAUAUAUCAGUAAAUAAAAGUUAAACUUAUUCACAAAAAAAUUGCUAGUUCAUCAUUUUUGCUAUUGGAAAUUUUAGGCACUAGCAAUGGUUUUCUAGUGACUAAAAAAGUUAAUUUCGACCCCUGGUAACUUAUCAGAACUUCCCAUGAUUAUGUCAUUUGACAAAGUGUCAACCAAGAAUGUAUAAUGCAUACAUCUCAGAUAUGGUGACCAUUUAUACAGUAUAAACUAUAUUAUGGGGAGGAUAAAGAAAGACAAACGGGGCUAGACUACAAUAUUUACCAUGCAACAUUUAUUGAAAAUCUUCACUUUAGAAUUUUCAUCAUUUUGUUGUUUUAGAUGUGUUCACCCAAUAUUCACUUAAUCUGAAUGAGGCCUGAAUAUGUAAUAUUGAUGCAAUUAAGAAAGUAAUUGCAUGAGUUUUGUGCACAUGUUAAGAUAAAGCUUCAAAAUGGAGCAAAAGUAUGUAUGGCAGAUGUAUUUCAACUAAGGGAGUGCUAGUUGUAGUACACAUUGCUAUAGUCGACAGUAUGGCACUAUAGAUUACAACUGAGUAACAGAUGCAUUAAUGCAGUGUUUACAAUCUCUAACAUAUCUGGUCAUAGCACUUGAAAAUCAAUGGUGACAUGGUGUCUUAAAGGCUCAUCCAGGCGAGUGGGCAUAUAAUCCCUUCUGUUGUAUUGUUAUCAUGUCUGUAUGUAUGUAGAUGAUGUUCUAUGUUAUGUUUGAUCAUUAUUUUUCCCAUAUGAAAACCAAAACCUGAUUUUGAAUUUUUCAAAUACUGAACAAAUUCAAGAAAUAUCAGGUGAUUUUCUAAGAUGGAAGGAGUUCAUUCCAGGUGGACCUGACAGUAAUCAGGUGAUCUGGAGUCGCGGUUCAUUAUGUUACCACUUUAUUAUAAACAAUCAAAUCAUUUAUUCAAUUAUUAUGUACACUUAAAAUUGUUUUUAAGGUUGAACCUUUGAAAUUUUGUUAUGAAAAAGCAGCAAAAUAUUGUUGAUACAGCUAUAACAAACGAACCAAGUAUUGGCAUUAUAAAGGAGUGGGUGAUAUACAGAUGGCAUUACAUACAGAGUUGUUGUGAGAAAAAGGAACCAGAAUAUUGAUCAAUGAGAUAUAACAUAUUGAAGUUUGAUAUAUUUCCCAUUACCAUUUUUAAAAAUAAUGAUCUAUUUAUAUACCCGGUAAUGUAAUAUAUAUUGUCAUGACGCUCAAUUUUUUUUAUCAAAAAUAUUAAUUUUUGAUUGUGCAUGAUUUUGUGGAAAUCUCUCAAAAACCACUAACUCGCCUCAAUUUCCAAUUGAUCGUCACAUUUUGGACUCAUGAAUUUGUGAAUUAAAGACAAAAUGAACAAAAUUAAACCCCUCAAGAAAUUACAUGUGAUGAUUUUUAGCUCACCUGGUUGGAGGGACUGGUGAGCUUAUGCCAUGAUGCAGCUUCCAUUGUCUUUCCACUUUUUUUUUUUUUUUAUUAAAACUGCUACUAGUAAGAUAGACUGCAUAGAAUUUGGCCAAAUUUGAUAAGAAGCAUCCUUGAGGAAAAAGAAACCAAGUUUGUAUAAAUAUUUGUUCUUAAACCCCCAGGGCCUUGAGAGGUGGGGCCCAAAUAGGGUAAUUUAGCUAGUUCAUUAAAUUCCAUCUUCUCUGAAAAUGAUUGAAUUUUGUCCCAAUUUGGUUUGAAGCAUUCUUUGAUGAAGGGAAAUCAGUGUUGUAUAAAUGGUGAGCCUCAACCUGUGGGGCAGUAGGAAUGGGGCCCAAGAGGGGAAAUAGAGAAUUGUGUUUUAAAAAUUCUUUCUUUUUACCAUAGAUAUCAGGAUUCUGGUCUGAAGCAUUCUUUGGUGAAAGGGAAUCAAUUUUGUAUAGAUGGUGGGUUGGGGCUCUCUUGGAUGGGGCUGAAUAGCAAAUAUUCUCUUAAAUUCUGUCACGAUUACAUCUGAAGCUUAUGUAGAUGAAAGGAACCUAAUUUUGUAUCAACUAGGAGAUGUUGGGACCAAUAGGAGAAAUGUAAGAUCUUAUAAAACCUUCUCUGUUCAGUUUGGUCUGAAGUAAUUUUUAAGAAUGGUGAAUCUGAAUUCAAGGCCAGGGUCAAAUAGGAAAAUCAUUUCAGAAAUUAUUUAUUAUAUUUGAAAGUGUUGCUCAAUGACAGUAUAGCUGAAUUAUCCAGGUGAGCGAUGCAGACCGCUUUGGCCUCUUGCUCAGUACACAUUUGUACAACUGUAUUGUUAAUGUAAUGUGAAAUAUAUAUCCUAAAACAUUUGUAUAUAAACGUUAUUUAUUUUACACCAACUGCAAAACAAGCUAUCAACUUAUAUUAAUCACUCUUGUUGGUCCAUGUGGAAGCAUGUGAGGGGUUUAAUGUUGGAAGAAACCAGAGUUCCAGGAGAAACCCUAUAUAGUCAGGCAGGUAACCCCACGCCUUAUUACGUCCACUUAGGAAAUCAGAUCCUUAGUGAAUGGUGAGUGUGUUUCACUGUGCCACCUGACCACCCGUAUAUAUAAAUAAAUAUAGACAUUUGAUAUUUGUCAAUAUUUUGCUCAAAUUGGAAAUUGGUAAUUAGGCCUAAUGGUUGCUAAAAUAUUGAGUACAGUUGAAUAGGUCUUUGUAGAACAUGUUUGAAUUUCAGAUGAAUUUACGUUAUGAUUUGUGAUUAUUUUUUAGUCUACCAUCAUCAGAUGUUGGGCUAUUCGAUUCAUCCUCUGUCUGUGUCUGUCGUUCGUUCGUCUGUCGUCUAUUCGUAAACACUUUUCCUUUGUGCUUGUUUGAUUUUAAGACUGAUUAGAAAAAAAGGCGGGCAGGCAGCCAUCUUGGAUUUCAACAAUGAAAGAUUGUUAUUGCAAUUUCUUAAGAUGAACUCAAUAGAUCUCUCUGAAAUUUCGAAUGUAGGUUUGUCUUUGUCUCUAAAUGUGUAAUGGUUGACAGGCGACCAUCUUUGAUUUGGCAGUUAAAGAUUAUUAUUGCUUUUUCUUCAGAGGAAUCUUUAAAUUUUGUAUAAUUUAUACCAAAAACAGGAGAGAAGAGAAAAGAAGGGAAAAGAUCUAACCUUUAAGGAACAAAUAAAGAUCAAACAAUGGUGGGCUCCAAGAUCCCUCUGGGAUCUCUUGUUAGUUAUUAUUGUAAGUCAUUGUAGAUUCUAUUUUAUUGCUAACACAAUCUUUUAUCUGUGAUAUCUAUAUUAAAUCUAUAUAAUGGAAUAAAGUAUAUACUUACAUUGACA